CCCUGACGGUCACCAAAGCUCACGCACUUCGUUCUUGUACCACCUUAGUGUCUGACACAUCCCAAUAGCACAGUUUUAUUAUCGUUUUUGUCUGGAUAAUGCCUGCCACAAGGACAACAUCACGCUCAACGAAGCGCGCUGGCACCGACUCGGAUAAACACAAGACAAUAACCUCAAGUGCUACCAUAGUCGCAGAGGAAAUGCAGGACCUGGCAGACUGCAACAUUCAUUAUCCGUCAAGCGAAAAUGAACGCAAAACUUACAAGACGCGCGACGGCAAGCGCGUCACUCCACAUCAAUGGGCAGUAUACGAUUUUACCAGAACGAUUCCUUGCGGUCGUGUUACGACGUACAAGGACAUCUGCGUCGCUCUUGGGCAAGGUUCGCCGCGAUCAGUUGGCUCUGCGCUUCGAAACAAUCCAUUUGCACCAUUUGUGCCUUGCCACCGCAUCAUCGCGUCAAAUAUGUACAUUGGUGGAUUCUUCGGCGAGUGGGGUACUGGCGCAAACGCAAGGGGUGGACAGAAGAACACUGGGUUACAGUGCAAUAGAAAGAUGGAGAUGCUUGCAAAAGAGGGGGUUACGUUUUCCGUGGAAGGGUAUCUUACAGAUGAUUCUCAGCUUUGGAUUGGGAGAGGUUGAAAUGGCCUUGGCAGUUGUGUACUAUGAUGCCACCGGAGUAAGCUACUGUUGGGUAUCGCCGGUUCACCAUCGAUGUCCGCCAAAACAAUAUAAAUGAAUAAUUGGCUGUAGAGGUUCGACGAGCCUGUGUUUCUGAUAUGUAUUACUUGUAUCAUCUUUCUGGUCUGCGUGUUGGAUGCAAUCUAGGACGAAAGACUCAACUCAUCA